AUGCAGCGCUGGACCUUCCCCAGCUUUCGUCUUUCCGUCGAAUCCCAAAGCGCUUACCUCCUGCGUCUCAAACAGUUGGAGAAGGAAAUUGAGCAACUAAGAAAAGAAGGGAGAGAACUAGCUAGACGGGAGGAGGAAGUGAAGCUUGUUGUGAUGAGGGAGCAAGAGGAGGAUGAUGGUUGGGUUGGGGGUGAGGAAGAGGAUAAUGGUGGGGGUGGUGAUGAUGGGAACAAUGGGGAUGAGGCUACAUGGGAGCGGACCAGUGAUGAAGGGACCUUCUGGGAGGGGUCGGUCAGGAGAGAAGCAGAGGACUUGAAAGAGGAGCGAAAGGGAAGGGUAAGGGCUUGGCAGCUUAAAGUGGAGGAAGAGAGUCUUGAUGGGAAUAAAGACGAGGACGAAGAUAACCGCGAAGUAAAGCAGGAGGCAAAGGACGUGGCUAACGAUUCCUUCGAUAGGUGGGUUGAAGGGAUGGAGUUGGUGAGGGGUGCUGAGGCUUGGAAAUAG